CUUUGAGCUUGCGCCUCCACGCAAUUGAGAGAAUCAACAACUCAACUGCUCGCACCAGGCAUUUGACCUUUGUCCACCAGAAGCGAUCGGUAUCAAACACUCUUCACCUACCGCCGUCGAACAAGAAAGGCCGGAAGUAGCCUCCACUUGGGAGCAACCGCGCCAACGUUUGUCGAGCCACAGCAUCAGCGGUGCGGGGAACUUCUACGAUUCUCGGGAUUGACCGUGCAAACCCCGCUGCCAGUACCUAGCCAUGCCUUCUGUCAAUCUCAGCCAGGCCAUGCAUUUGAUCGGAUGGACCACUGCUCUUAGUCUCUUAGCUGGUGCGAUUGUCUUUGGCCUGUGGUUCUAUCCCACGUUCACGCGUUCCAAGCCCGCACCGUCGUCUCAGACCAGGGACAGCUCAGGCCCCGCACGAUCCACGCGACAAGACGUCCGCCUCUGUCAAGUUAACCCUGACAAGAGCGAGACAGACACCGACAUCGACAUCAUUGCCAUUCAUGGCCUCGACACAAAGUCGCCGGACACGUGGACAUGGGCAGACCCCAACGAUCCCAACAAUACCGUUAACUGGCUGGCCGACCCGCGAAUGCUCCCGAGUCAAGUGGAAGCAGCUCGCAUCUUCACAUGCGACUGGCCUGCCGAUCUGCUUCAGCCGUCAGACUUGGUCCAGAAGACGGACGACGAGAUCGCUUUGCUCCUAUUCGAAGGAAUCAAGAGAGAUCUCUUGAGAACGCAUGAUAAAAAGAAAGUAGACCGGCCGAUUCUCUUCAUCGCUUCCUGCCUUGGGGGAAUCAUCUUGGCAAAGGCUAUUGUGGGCGCCGAUUAUAAAUUCAGCAGCUAUUAUACUCUACGGACAGCAACACGUGGGAUUAUCUUCCUCGCCACCCCCUUUGGAGGGACUUCGUUCGAAGACGUAGCUAUCUGGGCAGAUCCAGGUCUGACCAUAUGGGCUGUGAUCCGUCGCCGAGAAGUGAGUAACCUGCUCGGCUGGGUGAAGGGAUCGACCUCCGCUCUUGAGGCACUAGUUCGGAAGUUCACGCGGCUAUGUCAAGAUAAUCACAACCCCUACCAUGUGUUCUGCUUUUACGAACUUGGAAUGACGAAUCUCUGGCGCAAGGUAUUUCCUAGGCUGCCGGCCUCAUUCCCUGGAUGGAAGCAGCUGGUCGACAUGAGGUCAGCAACCCUUCAAAUCGUCUCUGAACCACUGCCGCUCGAUCGAACCCACGGCCUGAUGAACAAAUUCGGCAGCCCCGACUGUCAGGAUUAUAAGAAAGUUGCUGGAAAGAUUGAAGAGUUUGUCAGGAAAAUCCGUGAGGGAACGCCCCUCGCACAGGCGGAUGCCUUGAUUCGCAAUAAACACUAUUCGUCGGAACGCCUCAAGAUUGAACGACUGUCGGGCGGCCUGCUGCCGAUGGACCGAUGCUACAUCAAUCUGGCCAUUGUCGAGCGGCCUGGCGAUCAUGCAACUCGCGGAGGAAAAGGAGAUAUAGCACAACAGUCUUCCCCGUUUUCACGCUCCGCCCGAUUGAAGGUCGACGCACCAGACAAGAACAUCCAGGUUGAGUUGUCAGCACUCUUCGACCCACGCAGAAGAGGUGAUGUUGAGACGAAGCCUAGACGGAUCUUGAUUCGAGGACGCGCCGGGGUGGGAAAAACUACCCUGUGCAAGAAAAUUAUCCAUGAGUUUACCAAUGGCACAUGGAGCCAAUGGAGCAAGUUAUUCCACCGCGUGCUCUGGGUACCUUUACGGCAUCUAAAACUACACGAGAGACGUCAGGUGGCGGGAUACAACUUCUUUCAUCUACUCAGUCAUGAGUAUUUCUCUCUGCCGCAUGACAGACCGGACCUCGCUAAAGCGUUGUCAAAUGCAUUGGAGACGAGCAAGAGUAGCAGAACUCUGUUUCUCCUGGACGGUCUAGACGAAGUGGUCCAGGACUUGGACAGCUCAGGUGACAUGUCCCGCUUCCUCAAGGAGCUGUUAAGUCAGCCGAACGUCAUCAUCACGUCCCGACCAUCCGGCAAACUGCCAGCUGGCGUGCAUGCUAUCGACAUCGAACUGGAGACAAUUGGAUUCUACCCGGAUCAAGUCAAUGAGUAUCUUGCAAAGGCUUUCUCCGAACAGGCCCGCGAGAUUCAGUCGUUCCUUGAGGACCGUUUCCUGAUUCAGGAUCUUGUGCGGAUCCCAAUUCAAUUAGAUGCGCUCUGCUUUACCUGGAAAGCAGGCUUCCGUUUCGGCACGAAGUUUAACACUAUGACCGCUAUUUACCAAGCUAUUGAGAAUAGCUUGUGGAAGAAGGAUAUCUUACGAUUGGAAAAAAAACAUGACGGGGAGCUCCUGACCGAAGCCCUAGUCCUCGGUUUCGAUUCGUUCCAGGUCGAAGUUUUCGUCAAUGAUGAGAUCGAAUUUCUUGAACUACUUGCUUUUACUGGACUACACAACGAUGUCAUAGACUUCGAGUCUAGAAAUUGGAAAGUCAUAUCCAGUCAUCUCAAACAUCCCUUCGUACUCGAGAAAACGCUUCCACGCAUCUCUUUUCUCCGGACGUCAGAUCUCCCAUCAGAUCUCCCAUCAGAACACCGCAACCAAUCUUAUCACUUCUUGCACUUGACUUACCAAGAAUAUUUUGCUGCGCGGUAUUUCGCACGACAGUGGAAAGAGAAACAACCCCUCGAAUGUUUGCCACUUAGAGGUGGAAAAUCAACCAAGAGCAAGCCUGCCACUUUCCUUGAGAAGCACAAGUACGAUACUCGCUACGAUAUCUUCUGGCGCUUUGUCGCAGGAUUACUCGAUGCCGAUGACAUGGCGCUCGACUUCUUCCAGAUGAUUGAGAAGGAACCACGCGAUCUCCUAGGACCUACGCACCAACGCCUUGUCAUGCAUUGCCUGAGCGAAGUUGAGCGGAAGGAGUCGAAUUUCACGGGACUUCGAGCGAGGCUAGAAAACCAACUAGAACAGUGGCUACUGUUUGAAUCCAAUUUUACGGAGAAUUCCGAACUAGUCCGUGAAAUGGAGUGUCCGGGGCAGGUCUUGUCCAAUGUAUUAACGCAAGCAUCUGAAGGCGAAAGAACGGUUCUUCUCAAUUCACUAUCAAGACGAACAGCAGUGCCAUUCAAUGUUAUAAAAGUCGUAUCUCCCUGGCUGACCAACCGCACAUCUGCACGCCAAUGUGCUGCUAUCUUACAUAUGUUAGGAAACCAGCAUAAUAACUUACCGGACGAGAUCCACCAAAGCAUCGCAGCACGGCUCGAGCAUGAGGACGAGAGCGUCCGGUGGGCAGCAAUCAAGGCGCUUGGAGACCGCACCGACCUCCCCGACCAGGUGCUCCAAAGCAUCGCAGCACGGCUCGUGCAUGAGGACGGGGGCGUCCGGGGGGCAGCAAUCGUCGCGCUUCGAGGCCGCGCCAGUCUCCCUGACCAGGUGCUCCAAAGUAUCGCAGCACGGCUCGAGGAUAAGGACGUGGGCGUCCGGUGGGCAGUGAUCGACGCGCUUCGAGGCCGCACCGACCUCCCCGACCAGGUGAUCCAAAGCAUUGUAGCACGGCUCGUGCAUGAGGACGGGGGCGUCCGGGGGGCAGCAAUCGACGCGCUUCGAGGCCGCGCCGGUCUCCCCGACCAGGUGCUCCAAAGCAUCGCAGCACGGCUCGAGUAUAAGGACUGGCGCCUCCGGGAGGCAGCAAUCGAGGCGCUUGGAGGCCGCGCCGACCUCCCCGACCAGGUGCUCCAAAGCAUCGCAGCACGGCUCGAGGAUAAGGACAGGGACGUCCGGCGGGCAGCAAUCGAGGCGCUUCUAUAUCAAUCAGCAUUAUCGUUAGAUGUCCUCAUCCCAUUUAUACGAUCCUUUUACGACGCUUUACUCCAGAAGAGCUUUAGGGAGCAUUUAUACUGGUACGCUUCGGAAAGAAGUUUUAUAGCGACUAAUCUUCGAUAUAUCUCCUUAACUAGCGUGCAACAUAACGUCAAGGAGGUGGUGAGGAAGCUACUGUUAGAGAAGGGCGCUGCUAAUUUUCUUAUAUCUUUAUUCAUAGCGUGCCACUUGAAUGGCCCGGGAGGACGUGUAAAUAUAUAUUUGUUUGUGAGUUCUAGCAUCUUCGAGAUAUUUAUUUCUCACAAAAUAAUAACUCACUUACUACUAACCCCAUUCUACAUUGAGCGUCAACUCUCGUCACGUUAUCAUCAUGCGAAGAGAACUAUUGUGUCGCCUUUGGAGGGCUCCUCCGGACUGGCUAAUUAUAUCACACUCUUACCGCUCCGCCGCAUGCUGAUAAGAACUCACGACCCCACAGUCGAUCAUGAUCUAUACGUGGACCCACUGUCACGGCGGUUGGCUUGCGUCGCAUCAGACGACAACACCAUCAAGAUCUGGGAUGCGGCAACGGGAUCAUGUACGCAGACGCUUGAGGGACAUCGCCAUUCCGUCUGGUCGGUAGCGUCUUCCCUCAACUCAAAGGUCAUUGCAUCCAAGUCAGAUGAUGCCAACCCCCCACAUUAUUAA